UCAGCUGUGGAGCAACAAACACCAGAUAGAGAUCAACAAACUCAGGUUCAACUAUCUUCAAUACAACAACGACUUGCAGAAUGGUUAUCUGAACGUUUUUAUCAUCGCAAAAUCAUUGCAUCAAAGAUUUCCCAGAAUCAUAAAAAUUACAAUCCUGUCAAAGUUUACAACAGCACAAUACAGGACGAAAGUGUAUUCACAGCUCAUCAGGUUUAUUAUGAAAGCUGCCCGACGCUCAUUAAUGAGUAGGGUUCACUUAGAUAGGAGUAGACACGUUGAUCAGAUACCUAAUUAUCAGACACACAAGCUAUUGGACGGGUCAAAUAUUGGUUCACACCAUUACGGAGCCCACGGCGGGCACGGUGCUCACGGCCACCAAGGCACUUCACCUGCUAUGAUUCUCUAUUAUUUGGCUUCCGCAUUUCGAGUUUCAUCGAGGAUUGAUGAUGAUUUUAUUGACAAAAUCAACUACUUUUACACGACAACAAUACUUGCAUCAUUUGCACUACUUGUCACUGCUAAGCAAUAUGUUGGCUAUCCCAUCCAAUGCUGGGUUCCUGCUACAUUUACAGGCUUUUAUGUGCAAAAUACCUAUUGGAUUCCCAUGGAAGAAGAUAUCCCUCGUGAAGUUUAUUCGAGGAGAAAUCGACAGAUUGGUUACUACCAAUGGGUGCCUUUCAUUUUGGCACUUCAAGCGCUCUUCUUCUACAUCCCAUGCAUUAUUUGGCGGAUAAACCUUCAAGGACUUGUGCAGAUGGCAUGCGAUGCGCGAUUAAUGGAUCCAGAGAUUAAAUCGAGAACUGUUUUCACUAUGGCCAGACAUAUGCAGGAUGAAGUGCAUGUUGGAGCACAAGUUCAGCGACAAAGCCCAAACCGUUUAGCAAUUUUACGAAUUGGCAGACAUUGCGGAUGUUAUAUUACUCUUCUUUCAAUUGCAAUAAAAAUGUUAUAUUCCACCAAUGUCAUUGCACAAUUCUGCCUGCUCAACCAAAUCCUUGGUUCUAGAGAUUUUACUUAUGGUUUCACUCUUCUCAGAGAUAUUGUUAAUGAAAUAGAAUGGGAAAAAACAGGAAUGUUUCCUCGUGUUACACUUUGCGACUUUGAGGUUCUGCUCAUAUCUUUUUUAUUGUUUGAAAUCCUAAUUUUUAAGGUUCGAGUGCUUGGCAACAUUCACAGACAUACCGUCCAAUGCGUGUUGAUGAUAAAUAUGUUCAACGAGAAGAUUUUCCUCUUUCUGUGGUUUUGGUUCUUAACUGUCGGUUCAAUUACUAGCAUCUCGUUCAUUCGAAAAUAUCUUCGCGUCCUUAGUGAGCAUCCAUUAAAACCUAUGGCUGACGAUGUUUCAUUACGCAAAUUCGCCAAUAAUUUUCUUCGUAAAGACGGAUUACGAAUAAUUUCAACGCAUGCUGGUGAACUUAUGACAUCUGAACUGAUACUUGCGCUUUGGAACGACUUCAACAACAUCGGCGAGUGGAUGGAGCAUUGA